CAUCACCCGGGCCGCCAAAGCGUGGCUCGCACGCAAGCGAGCUAUAUUCAUGCCUGUCGAAUUUGUCCAAAGUCGGCCCAGCCAAGCCCAGCAAGAACGCCACUGCAACGAGACCCAGGGCGGGCAGGCCCGAGGACUUGUCUGCGGACCCGCGUUCUUUUUUGACUCUCAAUGUCUUGACAAACCAAGUUGCUCACCGAGCAAGAAGUCAGGCUGGCGCGGCCACCUUUCGCUAAGAAAACAAAAAGGCCACACAACCACGACACCAUCACCCAACUCCUGCGUGUUGCCGACCUGGUACUGGCCAGUGAUUUACGUUUUUUGGACCGCCUACUUCUACGCGGACGCAGCAGCUCUGCAAAUUAUCCUCGGCUCUUGCUUUCUUUCCGACAGUACCAGAAAAACAGGGGACAAGCAGCCAACCAAAGAAGCCAACGGCACAGAAACAGCACGACGAAAAUAAGCUUUGACCCCUUUCGCUGGACGACAACAUCGCCAGAACCACCACCACAUAAUAUUCUCACCCUGUACUAUCAACCGGUGAUUUUUGCUGCCGCCCGAGUAUUGCUUUUGCCCUGCACAGCGGAAGCCGUUGGGAAUAAAGGCAACCAAGAGCAAACCAUCCAAAAACCGCAAGGAACCCACAGAGGCCCGACCACUGCCGUCGCGCUUGAGACCAGACCACAGCUUGCUUGCCUGCUUGCUUGUUUGCGGUGCUUUCCCCAGAGACGAGAGUCGAGAGUUGCAUCCCCCGGUUUAUAGUAGUGCCCGGCCUGCAAGUCGGCAGGGCGACAAGCAGCAGAAAGCCGAGAAGCGGUGGAGGACGAGGCCAUGGCUCCCAAACAGAACGGCGUGGGCGUCCGCGCCGAGGAUGCCAAAUUGUGCGUCGUCAUGGUGGGACUGCCGGCAAGAGGAAAGUCGUACAUUGCGCAAAAAGCCCAACGGUAUCUUCGCUGGCUCUCGGUCGAGGCAAAAACGUUCAACGUCGGCAACUACCGCCGCUGCCUUAAGGACGCAGCGCAGCCGCCUGCCGACUUCUUCGACACGCAGAAUGCCGACGGCGAGCAGAAGCGGCGGGCCGCCGCCGAGGCCGCCAUCGCCGACAUGCUCAAGUGGUUCCGCGAGGGCGGCACCGUCGGCAUCCUCGACGCCACCAACUCGACCAAGGAGCGUCGCAAGUGGGUCACCGAGACGGUGACGGCGCAGGGCAUCGAGGUCAUGUUCGUCGAGAGCAAGUGCGACGACGAGAACCUCAUCCUCGCCAACAUCCGCGACGUCAAGACCACUAGCCCGGACUACAGGGGCGUCGACGCCGACAAGGCCGCCGACGACUUCCAGCGCCGCAUCCAGAACUACAAAAAGGUCUACAAGACCAUCGACGGGGACGGCGACGAGGAGGACCUGACCUACCUGAAGAUAAUGGACGUCGGGAGGCAGGUCAUCAUCAACCGCAUCCAGGACUACCUCCAGAGUCGCGUCGUCUACUACCUGAUGAACCUGCACAUCCGCCCGCGCUCCGUGUGGCUGUCACGUCACGGCGAGUCCCUGUUCAACCUCGAAGGUCGCAUCGGCGGUGACACGCUCCUGUCCCCACGUGGCGAGCAAUACGCCAAGGCGCUACCAGACCUUGUGCUCAAGUCAGUUGGUGACAACCGCCCCCUCACCGUCUGGACGUCGACCCUUAGAAGAACCAUCCAGACGGCCCAGCACCUGCCGCCGCACUACAACCAACUCCAGUGGAAAGCGCUCGACGAGUUGGACGCGGGCCUGUGCGACGGCAUGACGUACCAGGAGAUCCACGAGCAGUACCCGGCCGACUUCCAGGCGCGCGACGAGGACAAGUACAACUACCGCUACCGCGGCGGCGAGUCGUACCGCGACGUCGUCAUCCGACUCGAGCCCAUCAUCAUGGAGCUCGAGCGCUCCGAGGACAUCCUAAUCGUCACCCACCAAGCCGUCCUGCGCUGCAUCUACGCCUACUUCACCGAGAAGGACCAGUCGGCCAGCCCCUGGAUGCACGUGCCGCUCCACACCCUCAUCAAGCUCACCCCUCGCGCCUACGGCACCGAGGUCGAGCGCCUGUCGGCUGGCAUCGACGCCGUCAGCACCUGGCGCGGCAAGGGGUCCACGGCCAAGCACGAGGACCCGGUCCCCGAGGCCCUGCACUGAUGAUUACGACGAUAAUGACUGCGACACAUGGCUGUUUUACUCUCGUUUUCUUGGCCUCUCUCCUCCUGUCGCACUGUUGCUUGUUUUUUCGCUGGUACCCCAAACAGACCUGGAAAUGAGCUUAACUUUGUUCUACAACACGGCUGGACGCAUUCAAACUCGGCUGCAUCAUGAUCUCGGUCUUUACCUCCUCCUGCCCAUUUUUUCAGCUGUUUUGUAUAUUGUCAGGUGGGGGGAAACCCAAAAAUCGUCCGGUAGGGCUUAUAGACCUUUUUUCAUAGCUUUCAUUUUGGAUCGAUGGGGCCCUACGGCGAGAUGGGUGUCGAGACACGGCCAAGGCUUUACUUGAAUCAUAGACAUUCGCUGUCUCUCAUUUUUUGCAGCGCUCUUUCUCCCGGUCGCCAGACAACAAAACUGGCUUUUGUGAUUGGAGCUGGCUUCUUUAUAUAGGCUUCUAAAACGGGGUUUGGAUUCAGUUUGCGCUACCUCCACCGUGGCAGGCUCAAAGAACAUGUUGAAUACCUCUAGCCGUGCCG